AUGGACCGAGCCGACUCUAUGGGCAACGUGGAUUUGGAGAAAUUCGAACAGCCUCUUGAGCAUGCACCCACGGAAGAGCUCGACAGAGUGCCCACAACUAAUGUCGAGAAUGUUGUGGAUUACGAUGGGCCAGAUGAUCCAGAAAACCCGUUCAACUGGCCGACUAGAAAGAAAGCGCGUCAGCUAGGACUGAUGGCAUUCAAUACAUUUAUCACUCCGCUUGCUUCUUCAAUGUUCGCACCGGGUGUGGAAGAUGUCAUGAUCGAAUUCCGUUCGAGCAGUACCAUGUUAGCAAGCUUUAUGGUUUCCGUUUACAUCCUCGGGUACUUCGUCGGCCCAUUUCUGAUCGCUCCGUUGUCUGAAAUAUAUGGCCGUGUGCCUGUUUAUCAUGUCUGCAACGUUUUCUUUUUGAUAUUCACGAUCGCAUGUGCUGUUGCCCAGACCAUGCCCCAACUUAUAGUUUUUCGCCUCCUGGCAGGCACUGUCGGUGUCUGUCCGCUGACCAUCGGAUCCGGCACUGUUGCUGACAUGAUACCAAAAGAGAAACGUGCCGGAAUUAUGGCUAUUUGGGCGAUGGGACCAGUCAUGGGACCAGUUGUUGGGCCUGUUGCCGGAGGGUUUUUGACAGAAAAUGAAGGAUGGAGAUGGGUUUUCUGGGUGAUCGCAAUUGUGACCGGCGUGAUGACGACUUUAUGCAUGAUCUGGUAUCGAGAGUCAUAUGCACCAGUCCUUCUCGAGCGAAAGGCAGCGCGACUGCGCAAGGAAACCGGCAAUCCCAACCUACGAACUCCAUUUGAUCACACUCUCCAGACCAAGCGCGAAAUGUUUGUGACUUCUCUCGCUCGCCCAUUCAAGCUCCUCUUCCGAUCGCCCAUUGUUGCCCUCAUGUCAACGUUUGCUGCCAUUAGCUACGGCUAUCUUUACCUGAUGUUCACAACCAUCACUUCCAUCUUCGAGGACGUGUAUGGAUUCUCGACUGGAAUUGCAGGUCUCGCAUAUCUAGGCUUCGGCAUUGGCUCAUUGAUUGGCCUAAUGGCGUGCGGAGCAGCCUCCAACCGAAUCGCAAUCAAGCACCUGGCCAAAGGUUGUUUCGCUCCAGAAUCUCGCUUGCCACCUAUGUUAGUUGGAUGCUGGGCCAUCCCCAUCGGCUUGUUUUGGUACGGCUGGUCCGCAGAGGCACAGACACACUGGAUUGUUCCUAUUAUUGGAACGGGUGUAUUUGCCAUCGGCUUGAUGACAGUUUUCAUGUCUGCCAGUACGUACCUGGUUGACUGCUAUUUGCGCUACGCCGCAUCCGUUACGGCGGCCAAUACAGCGCUUCGAUCGCUGAUCGGUGCGUUGCUACCUCUAGCCGGACCAUCGAUGUAUGGUGCUCUCGGACUAGGAUGGGGGAAUUCACUAUUGGCGUUUAUUGCAAUAGUGAUGUGCACUUUUCCACUGAUCUUCUGGAAGUAUGGGGCAAACAUAAGAACACACCCCAGAUUUCAAGUGAAGUUGUGA